UGCAUCCUUACUCCUCUCCGAACCGCGGGAGGCACGGUGCCCGCUGCCAGUGAGGGACCUGGGAGCUCCCCUGGGUGCAGCCCAGCCCGGGGACGGGGCGAGCCCGCGGCUCCUCGCACGCUCCCCACCGCUGCAGCCCGGCGAGGAUGGAGCAGCUCUUCUGGGGCGUCCUCCUGGCCUCCUCUGCCCGCUUCCAAGCGGUGGCCGCGGAGCCAGGUGCGGCGCCCUCGUGCCCAGCCCAGUGCCACUGCGAGGAGGAUGGGGUCAUGCUCUCGGUGGAUUGCUCCGAGCUGGGGCUGCCGGAGGUGCCCGCCAGCCUCAGCCCCCUCACGGCGUACCUGGACCUGAGCAUGAACAACAUCAGCCAGUUGCAGCCCAGCACCUUCCGACACCUGCGCUUCCUGGAGGAGCUACGCCUGUCUGGAAACCAGAUCUCCAGUAUCCCAGGGGAAGCUUUCUCUGGCCUCUACAGCCUGAAGAUUCUGAUGUUGCAGAACAAUCAGCUGAGUCGCAUCCCUGCAGAGGCACUGAGAGAUCUUCCAAACCUCCAAUCUCUACGCCUGGAUGCAAACCUUAUCUCUGUGGUGCCCGAGAAGAGCUUUGAGGGGCUGCUCUCCUUGCGUCACCUGUGGCUGGACGAUAAUGCCCUGACGGAGAUCCCUGUCCGAGCUCUGAACCACCUGCCAGCACUGCAGGCCAUGACCCUGGCUCUCAACCAGAUCUGGCACAUUCCCGAUUAUGCCUUCCAGAACCUCAGCAGCCUCGUGGUGCUGCACCUGCACAACAACCGGAUCCAACGCCUGGGAGCCAACGGCUUCGACGGGCUGCACAACUUGGAAACCCUGGAUCUAAACUACAACGAGCUGUUGGAAUUCCCUGGGGCUAUUAGGACGCUGGGCCGACUGCAGGAGCUUGGUUUUCAUAACAACAACAUCAAAGCUAUUCCAGAGAAUGCAUUUGUUGGGAAUCCCCUCCUCCAAACAAUCCAUUUCUAUGACAAUCCCAUCCAGUUUGUUGGACAGUCUGCUUUCCAGUACUUGCCAAAGCUACACACUCUGUCGCUCAAUGGUGCAACGGACAUCAAAGAAUUCCCAGACCUUAAAGGCACCACCAGCCUAGAAGUUUUGACCUUGACCCGGGCAGGUAUCCAUUUACUCCCAAGAGGGAUGUGCCAGCAGCUGCCCAGCCUCCGAGUCCUGGAGCUGUCGCACAACAAAAUCGAAGAUCUGCCCAGUUUCCACCGGUGUCAGCGGCUGGAGGAGCUUGGCCUCCAGCACAACAGGAUCCAUGAAAUCAGAGCAGACACCUUUGUGCAGCUGAUGGCCCUGCGCUCCAUAGACCUGAGCUGGAAUUACAUCCAGUUUAUUCACCCUGAAGCCUUUGUGACGCUGCACUCGCUCACCAAGCUGGACUUGACUGACAACCAGCUGGUCACACUGCCCCUGGAUGGUUUGGGUGGACUGACCCAUCUGAAGCUCCAAGGCAACCCGGCGCUCUCUGAGCCCUUCACCAAGGAGAGUUUCCCCAAAAUGAGAGUCCUCGAGGUACCUUACGCCUACCAGUGCUGUGCCUAUGGAAGUUGCAGUGGCUUCUUCAAGGUGUCCAACCAAUGGGAGGCAGAAGACAUGAGCCCUGAGGAGGAAGAUCCCCACAAGAGGACCAUGGAAUUCUUUCCAGGUCAUGCUGAUAACCACUAUGACCUAGAUGUGGAUGACCUCCAGCUGGACCUUGAGGAGUCAAAGCUGCACCCCACUAUUCAGUGCACACCCAGCCCCGGUCCCUUCAAGCCUUGUGAUCACCUGUUCGAGAGUUGGAUCAUCCGCCUGGGAGUCUGGGUCAUCGUUCUGGUCUCAGUGCUCUGUAACGGGCUGGUCAUUCUGGCUGUCUUUGCCUCUCCCAGCUACCUCUCUCCGGUUAAGUUCGUCAUCGGCUCCAUAGCUGGAGCCAACAUGCUGACCGGCAUUUACUGCAGUAUGCUAGCCCUCGUUGACGCCCUCACCUACGGCCAGUUCGCAAAGUUCGGCGCCAGGUGGGAGACUGGCACGGGCUGCAGGGUGACAGGGUUCCUGUCAGUGUUUGCCUCCGAGGCUGCCAUCUUUCUGCUGACGUUGGCUGCGGUGCAGUGCAGCAUUUCAGUCUCCUGUGUGCGGGGCUACAGGAAGGCACCCUCCCUAGGAAAGGUCAAGGCCGCAGCCCUUUGCUGCCUGUUGCUGUCCUCUGUGGCUGCAGUUCUGCCUCUUUUCUCCAUUGGGGAAUAUGGAGCAUCCCCUCUGUGCCUCCCAUAUCCCAUCCCAGACGGGAAACCCACCACCCUGGGCUUCACUGUGGCCUUAGUGAUGACAAACAUGCUCUGUUUCCUGACUAUUACGGGCACCUACAUCCGACUCUACUGCAACCUGUUGAAGGGGGAGUUCAGUGCUGUCUGGGACUGCGCCAUGGUCAAACAUGUGGCCUGGCUGAUCUUCACCAACUGCCUCCUCUACUGCCCAGUGGCCUUCCUCACCUUCUCUUCCACACUCAACCUCUUCCUCAUCACCCCAGAGGUCAUCAAAUCCGUCCUCCUUGUGGUCCUGCCCCUGCCCGCCUGCCUGAACCCCUUGCUCUACCUGCUCUUCAACCCCCACUUCAGAGAUGAUCUCCGCCUGCUGAGGCAGAAGAGCCAAGACAAGAGGAGCUACCCCCAGUCCUGCGGGGUCGAUGACAUGGAGAAAAGUUCCUAUGACUCCACCCAGGCUCUGGUGAGCUUCUCUGACAUCGACCACAUAUUUGAGACACCCGAUUCCCUGGGAGUGCACCCCAUCCUCGACAGCUACAGCUUCCCCUCCAUGACGCUUGUCCCCUGCCAGCAAAGGGUGGGCACCAGGGGGAAGGAGAGGGGCUACUCCGAGCAUUGCCCCUGCCUCAAUGACAGUGAGGUGCUGAUCGCUUCAGAGAGCCGAGAGCCAGCCGGCAGCAGCCUCCGGAUAGCCUUCUUCCCCUCCCCUCCCACGCCGCCCUACACAUCUCACUUAUAAACCUCGGAGUAGCCGUGCCCAACAGCCCCACACCACACACUGAGGGCCAGCCCCAGGGCUGGGUGGCCAGCAAGGUGACAGCAGGCUGCUCCGUGUAAAGCACCAGUACAACCCAUCUACCCUCACCCCCCAUCAUUUACGCCUUGGCAACAGGCAUAGCACUGCCAGCUGCCACUCGCCUGGAAGGGCUCCGACUGAGCUCCAGACACUCAGGGCUGGCCAAGGGAGGAGGCAAACCCCCUGCGCGCGUGUUUCCCCUGCUAGGGACUGUGUGGGAGAGAGCCCCACCAGCUCAGGAAAUGGCUCAGGGAGACCCUCCUCCUCGUCAUCCUGAAGCACCACGAGCCGCGAGGAGCCUGCAGCAAAACCGAGCGUGUCUUCUCAAGGCAAAGACAUCUCAGCAAACAAAAGCCAUUGCUCUGUGGCAGAAGUAUGUGGAAGUGGCCGUCUGUAAUGAUACGGCCACCCAUAGGGACCUCAGGCCUUGUCCUCCAGGGUCUUCUGCAGGCCCCGCAGGCCCCUGGCAAUGGGCUUGUGUCUCCCUCACACCAUCAGCUGGAAAAGCAAAGGAAAUGGGUUACAAGCAGUGCACUCAUUUGUGCGCCUGAGGUUUGGGCGGCUUCCAUGUUGGGAGGCUCUCUCUCACUCACCGAGAGCCUCGCCGUUAGGCAGGACCCACACUUUGAGUCACUCCCAGGAGCUGGGGACGCUCAGCCCUUCUUUCAGUCUGGCCCCCGGUGUCUAACAACGGGUCUCAGAACCCCAAAGCAGCCAAAUCCAAACACCUCCCCAGAGAAAGCUACGUGUUUUGCCUGAGGUCACCUGGCCAGGGUGCCCAGGGGGACACAGGGCUCCCUCCAUCUCCAUCACACCCUCCACCUUCACACACCCAGAGCACUCCUGGCUCCUGGUGAGGUGCAGGGGGAAUGGGGCCCAGCUCAUUCACUGCCCCCAAAACGUCACUCCUGGAAGGGGCUGACGGCUCCCGGGUACGUGUCCCCCACACAGAACAGCCAGUCCCCUAUUUUGAGGACAGCUCACGUAGAAGGAGGGAACAGAAAUCAGACUUGUGGGAUGAUGGUGUCAGGAGGACACAGGCCACUGCGAACAGUCUUGAAUUCGCUCCCUGCAGCUCAGGGAUCUCCCAAAUCCAUCCUCUCCAUCACAAUCCCUCCCACCGCUGCCCAGCGCAGCAGGGAGCCCCACGGUCAGAGCUCAGGCCCUGGGCAAAGCUUUGGUUCUGCUGACAUUACUGCAGCUGUAUAAGUCAUUCAUUCCUGUGAGAUAAUAAAUGAGCCCCGUUGCUGACCA